UCCUAUAUAACCUUGGAAAUUUCCAGUUUCAUAAGAUUUAAAUGAACAGACCCGCCUAAAACAGACGCCAUAUUAAUCAGAAAAGUCUUUCUUGAUUUCCGUCGCAUUCUUUCUUCCCCAAAAAUCUCAAUUCUUGAAUCUUGAAUUUCUUCCACAAUUCUUUUUCCAAAUUCUUGUUCUGAAUCUUGAAAUCUUACUUUGAAGAAGCAGCAGCAGAAUCAAUGGGUUCUUGUUCCCACUGGUGGCACGCACCAAUCUACUUCACAAUCUCAGUAGUCUUGGCAUUCAUCGCCAUCUCCACCGCACUCAAAUCUCCAUCAUCAUCAUCAUCGCCACUGAUCAUCAACCACACUCUCUCCCACAACGCAUCCGCCGCACUAAGAAGAUCAGGCAGUUUCAAUAUCAUUGCUACGCUCCUCUCUAUCUCCCCCGAAAUCUUUCUUUCAUCUCCCAACUCAACCAUCUUCGCCAUUCAAGAUUCUUCCCUCACCAAUGCCUCUUCUUCUCCACUCUUCUUGAAGCAUCUCCUUCAGUACCAUACUGCUCCCUUCUCGUUUUCGAUGGCGGAUCUCUUGCGUAAGCCUCAAGGUACCUGUUUUCGUACCCUUUUUCGUCACAAGAAUGUCGCCCUCACCAAGGUUGAUCCCCACCGAAGGUAUCUCGAGAUCAAUCAUGUUCUGGUCUCCCAUCCUGACAUGUUUCUUCAAGGGAAUAUCGCUAUUCACGGCGUUCUUGGAUCUUUUUCUUCCAUGGGCUCUCAAGAUUAUGGUCGGGUUUUGGAUUCCAUUAUUCAAGCUCCGAUAUGUGAUGCCAAUUCUAGCUUGGUUUUAGAGGACAAGGACAUGAUUCAAUGGAACAGAAUAGUCCGUUUGUUGAGCUCUAACGGGUUUGUGUCGUUCGCCAUCGGGUUGAAUUCUGUUCUUGAUGGGAUUCUUAAAGAUUACAGCAACUUAAGUUCUGUCACAAUUUUAAGUCCUCCUGAAAUACUGUUUGUCGCAUCUCCUUCUGCGGUUCUUGAUAAGAUCGUGAAGCUCCAUAUUCUUCCUCAAAAGGUUACAUAUUCAGAACUUGCUUCCAUGCCUUAUCAGUCCUUGCUAAGGACCCUGCUUCCUAAUCAACCGCUUCAGAUAACCGGAGGUUUCAAUGUCACGGAGAUGCAAGGUUUGACCAUCAACGGAGUGGAGAUUAUAGCGCCAGAAAUCUUCUCAUCCAACAGAUUCAUCAUUCAUGGUAUUUCUCACGCAUUUAAUGUGGCUGAGCUUCCUCGUAGAUUAGGACAUCCGCUUGCCGCUGUUUCCGAUAAAGCUUAGGUCACACCAACUGUUGGUUCUUCAUAUGUGCUCUACAAUGAGUGAAAUGUGCUGCAAAAGAUGACACUAAUUUCAUUUUCUUUUCUGUAACAUUACUCAGUUUCUUAGCAGGAAACUUGUUUUUUUUUUAAAAAACUUUUAUGCACAAAACAGGUGAUACUGAGGCAUUAUACAUGACAAAAAACUGUCAGGUAUUUUGAUAUACCAAAAUUUGUCCUUUAAUAUCUAAGAAAUUUGUUUU